AUGCGGGCAGCAAGCACCAUCGCCCGAUCUCUGCGCGCGCGCGCCUCAGCUCACCGCAGCGCCCUCGCGAUGCAGACGCGAGCGGCGAGCAGUCUCCUUCGCAUGCCAGCCAUGUCGCCAACGAUGACGGAGGGCGGGAUCGCAGCGUGGAAGAAGAACGAGGGCGAGUCGUUCGAGGCUGGCGACGUCAUCCUCGAAGUGGAGACGGACAAGGCGACGAUCGACGUCGAGGCGCAGGAUGACGGCGUGAUGGGCAAGAUUGUGUUCAAGGCAGGCAGCAAGAACGUGCCUAUUGGCGAGGUUAUCGCCGUGCUCGCUGAGGAGGGUGACGACCUCUCCAAGCUCGAGGUACCCUCGGACCUGUCGCCGCAUCAGGAUGCUGUUCCCAGUGUCGACGCACAGGAGGCUCCCAAGGAGGCACCGAAGGAGGUGAAGCAGGCAGCACCUGAGUCGUCGGGGGUCAAGGCCCAUCGCCAGAUCGACCACUCCAAGCCAAUGCUGCCGUCGGUCGCACUCUUGCUGCAGGAGAGCAGCCUCAGCGACGAGCAGGUCGCUGAGAUCAAGGGUACGGGUCUCCACGGCAUUCUCACGAAGGGAGACAUUCUCGCUGCAGAGGGCAAGAUCAAGUCGCCGUACGGAAGCGCAGCUGUUUUGCUCAACAACCCCAUGGGCGCGAGCGGCAAGCGCGCGAAUGACCCCAAGACGCCACCCAAGGCUGCUGGCAGUGCGGCGGCCCCCGCCCCAGAGCGCCCGCUCACCGGCACCGAACUCCGGCGCCUGAUCGUUGCUGGACUCAGCAAAGCCACCGCCCCAACAACCCCCGCCCCGAAGUUCCCUACUGCGGCUGUUUCGGACGCCGAGUUCGACGACCUCCUCAGCGACUACGCGAAGCUGUUGCCCGCAUCGGCACCACGGCCCGCCGCUGCGGCACCCAAGGCGGCGGCCAAGGACGAGCUGGACGGGUUGGCGUAG